AUGCCGCGGUACAGGCUGUUUUUGGUGCUGACGCUGCUGAUGCCGUUUCCUCCAGGUUCAGUCUGUGGUAGAUCCUCUGUGGACCCCAGGAUCAGGGGGGGUUGGCCCUGGCAGGUCAGUCUGCGGAGCCGGGGGGUCCAUGUAUGUGGGGCGUCACUCGUCAACGCCCACUGGGUCCUGACCGCCGCCCACUGCUUCCUCAACGAGCGUUUCAAGGACCUCUCUGCAUCCAUUGGUGUCCAGACCCUGGACGGAUCCGACCCAGACCAGGUGAACCGCAGCCUGUCUCAGAUCAUCAUCCACCCCUGUUACAACAUCUUCUAUGCUACCAAUGACGUGGCCCUGGUGAAGCUCGGUUCUCCGGUUCCUCUGGGUCCGUUCAUCCAGCCCGUCUGCCUGGCAGCACCGGACAGCACCUUCAACAGCGGCACCGCCGUUUGGAUCACCGACCGGAGAGGCACCCACUCCAAUGUGGCCCGUCCUUCACCACAAACCCUGAUGGAGGUGGAGGUGAUUGGGAACCGACAGUGUAGAUGCCACCUGGGAGUGAAUGUGGUCACAGAUAACAUGAUGUGUACCAGGUUCCAUGAAGAAGGGACGGACUCCUGUCAGGUGACCACGUCAUACCUGUCCCACUCAUUAUUGACCAUGUUCUGGAUCUAUAAAGAUCUCACAGGAAAAGGACCAUGUCCACAUUCUGGUAUUAAAAAAAUCAGUCACCAUCUGAAGACUUUCUAG